UUGGAGGAUCAGAGUCCGCCUGGUUUCUGAGAAAGUGAAACUCACACAGCCUUCGUGUCUGAGAGGAGAAAUGGCGCAGAAAGGAGUCGAUCUAGAUCAAGAAACCUUCAGCUGUUCCAUCUGUCUGGAUCUGCUGAAGGAUCCGGUGACUAUUCCCUGUGGACACAGCUACUGCAUGAAGUGUAUUCAAAGAUUCUGGGAUGAAGAGGAGAAAAUCCACAGCUGUCCUCAAUGUAGGAAGACCUUCACACCGAGACCUGUUCUGGUGAAAAACACCAUGUUAGCAGCUUUAAUGGAGCAGCUGAAGAAGACUGGACUCCAAGCUGCUCCUGCUGAUCACUGCUAUGCUGGACCUGAAGAUGUGUCCUGUGAUUUCUGCUCUGGAAGAAAAGUGAAAGCCAUCAAGUCCUGUUUGAACUGUCUGGCCUCUUACUGUGAGAAACACCUUCAACCUCAUUUGGAUGCAGCUCCAUUUAAGAAACACAAGCUGGAAGAACCCUCCAAGAACCUACAGGAGAAGAUCUGCUCCAUUCAUGAUGAGGUGAUGAAGAUGUUCUGUCGUACUGAUCAGAAGUGUAUCUGUUAUCUCUGCUCUGUGGAUGAACAUAGAGGACACGACACAGUCUCAGCUGCAGCAGAAAGGACUGAGAGGCAGAGAGAUCUGGAGGAGAGUCAACAACAAAUCCAGCAGAGAAUCCAGGACAGAGAGGAGGUGAAGCUGCUUCAACAGGAGGUGGAGGCCAUCAAUCACUCUGCUGAUCAAACCGUGAAGGACAGUGAGGAGAUCUUCACUCAGAUGAUCCGUCUCAUCCAGAAAAGAAGCUGUGAUGUGAAGCAGCAGAUCAGAUCCCAGCAGCAAACUGAAGUGAGUCGAGUCAAAGAUCUUCAGGAGGAGCUGGAGCAGGAGAUCACUGAGCUGAAGAGGAGAGACGCUGAGCUGAAGCAGCUCUCACUCACAGAGGAUCACAGCCAGUUUCUGCUCAACUACGUCUCACUGCCACCACUCAGAGAGUCCACACACUCAUCCAGCAUCAACGUCCGUCCUCUGAGAUACUUUGAGGAGGUGACAGCAGCUGUGUCAGAGCUCAGAGACAAACUGAAGGACAUUCUGAGAGAGGAACGGACAAACAUCUCAAUGGCAUUCACUCGUGUGGAUGUUUUACUGUCGGAACCAAGACCAAAGAGCUUCUUGAAAUAUUCAUGUCAAAUCACACUGGAUCAAAACACAGUACACAGCAUACUGUUACUGUCAGAGGAGAACAGAAAGGUGACAUUUUUGGAAAACCACAAAUCUUAUUCAUAUCACCUAGACAGAUUUAGAGAUUAUGGUCUGGUUCUGAGCAGAGAGAGUCUGACUGGACGCUGUUACUGGGAGGUAGAGAGGAGAGGAUCCUACGUUUGUGUAGCAGUUGCAUACAAGAACAUCAGCAGAUCUGGAGAUGAAAGUGGAUUUGGUUUAAAUGACAAAUCCUGGGCAUUGGAUUGUUAUCCAGACAGGUUCUUAUUUCGCCACAACAGCAUUGAAACCUCCAUCUCAGCUCGUGUUUCCUCCAGAGUAGGUGUGUACCUGGAUCACAGAGCAGGUGUUCUGUCCUUCUACAGCAUCUCUGAAAGCAUGACUCUCCUCCACAGAGUCCAGACCACAUUCACUCAGCCGCUCCAUGCUGGAGUGGGGUUGGAUUAUGCUAAAGACAUUGCAGUGUUGUGUAAACUCAAAUAGUUCAUACGGUUCCUAAAAGAAGAUACAUUUUUGUUUUUUAGAGAUUUUUCUGCUUUUGAUAAUUUUGAACUAAACUUAACUUUUAAUAUUCUGUGGUCAGAAAUAAAGACAGGAAUGACAAAUCUCUAGAAUGUUGAUUUGAAACAUUUUUAAAGAAGAAUCUCAAAGUUUUUGUUGUAAAAUCUGUGUUUUUGUUGUUUCUUUGAACUUUGGGAUUUGACUGUUUGGAUUCAAAUUUCGCAAAAUGUUUUGUGAACUCAGGGAAGCUGCAGCACAAAUGGAAUCAGUGGCAUCACAAAGACGUUCUCUGUGUUUGUUCUACAAAGAAACUACAAGAGGAGAAACUGAAGAUUGUGUUUUAUAAAAAGAACAUUUACAACUUUGUUUUCUAUAUUUUUGCUUCAUUUGAAAUUUUUGGAUUAAAGAUUUGUUUUCACUUUUAAUUCUUUAUAGAAAAGUUGUUUCUAAUCUUUUGGCAAUAAAAUCACCCUGAUUCCUUUGUCUUCAUUCCAGAGUUUGUGUGAAAUCCGAUGAAGAAAAAGUAGGAAUAAUAUGAAGGGAUAAACUGAGGCAGAUUUCCUGGAACUCCAGAAAGGACAGAGCUCAUGUGAACGUCUCUGAAGGAUCUGGUGAACCCAGAUAUCAUUUUUCUGCUUUGUUUUUUAGGCUAAUUUGGCAUUCAGCUAACAUUUUAGCUAGUUAUCAGCUUCAGUGUUUUCAU